AUGCCGGAAGAAAUGCAAGUUCAGUCGGGCGAGGUCGAGACUUUCGCCUUCCAAGCAGAGAUUGCCCAGCUUAUGUCUCUGAUCAUCAACACAUUCUACUCCAACAAAGAAAUCUUUCUUCGUGAGCUGAUCUCAAACUCUUCAGAUGCUUUGGACAAGAUCCGAUAUGAAUCACUCACCGACCCAUCGAAGCUCGAUAGCGGUAAGGAGCUUUACAUCAAAAUUAUACCUAACAAGAGUGAAGGCACCCUCACAAUCAUCGACACUGGUAUUGGUAUGACAAAGGCUGACUUGGUUAACAAUCUGGGUACGAUUGCAAAGUCUGGAACGAAGGCUUUCAUGGAGGCUUUGCAGGCGGGUGCCGACAUCAGCAUGAUUGGUCAGUUCGGUGUAGGUUUCUACUCCUGCUACUUGGUCGCAGACCGUGUUACUGUUCACUCAAAACACAAUGACGACGAGCAAUACAUGUGGGAGUCUGCAGCUGGUGGUUCAUUCACUGUUCGGCCAGAUCAUGGUGAGCCUUUGGGUCGCGGUACAAAGAUAGUCUUGUACAUCAAAGAAGACCUGACAGAGUACUUAGAAGAACAUAAAAUCAAGGAAAUCGUUAAGAAACACUCUCAGUUCAUUGGUUACCCAAUCAAACUAGUUGUGGAGAAGGAACGUGAAAAGGAAUUAUCGGAUGAUGAAGCCGAAGAGGAAAAGAAAGAAGAGACUGAAGAUGACAAGCCCAAGGUUGAGGAUGUAGGGGAGGAUGAAGAUGAAGACAAGAAAGAUAAGAAAAAGAAGAAGACUAUCAAAGAAAAGUACACAGAAGACGAAGAACUGAACAAAACUAAACCGAUCUGGACUCGCAAUGCUGAUGACAUCACACAUGAAGAGUACGGAGACUUCUACAAAUCGCUCACUAACGACUGGGAGGACCAUUUGGCGGUAAAACACUUUUCUGUUGAAGGCCAGCUGGAGUUCCGCGCACUACUUUUCGUACCUCGUCGCGCGCCCUUCGAUCUCUUCGAAAACAAGAAACGCAAGAACAACAUUAAACUGUACGUCCGCAGGGUGUUUAUCAUGGACAACUGUGAAGACUUGAUCCCCGAGUACCUCAACUUCAUCAAGGGCGUGGUCGACAGUGAGGAUUUGCCCCUCAACAUUUCACGUGAAAUGCUCCAACAAAACAAAAUCCUUAAGGUAAUUAGAAAGAACUUGGUUAAGAAAUGCUUAGAACUCUUCGAGGAGUUGGCUGAGGACAAGGAGAACUAUAAGAAAUUCUACGAACAGUUCAGCAAGAAUCUGAAGCUGGGUAUCCACGAAGAUUCCCAAAACAGAUCUAAAUUGGCAGACUUGCUUCGUUACCACACAUCUGCCUCCGGCGAUGAAGCGUGCUCUCUGAAAGAGUAUGUAUCACGCAUGAAGGAAAACCAGAAACACAUCUACUACAUUACUGGCGAGAACAGAGAUCAGGUAGCCAACUCCUCAUUUGUGGAGAGGGUGAAGAAGCGUGGCUAUGAAGUUGUUUACAUGACUGAGCCGAUCGAUGAGUAUGUAGUACAACAGCUCCGAGAAUUCGACGGGAAGACUUUAGUGUCUGUCACAAAGGAAGGUCUGGAACUUCCCGAGGAUGAGGAGGAAAAGAAGAAGAGGGAGGAGGACAAAGUCAAAUUUGAAGGUCUCUGCAAAGUAAUGAAGAACAUCCUUGAAAACAAAGUUGAGAAGGUUGUUGUCUCCAACAGGCUUGUAGAGUCGCCCUGCUGCAUUGUCACAGCGCAGUAUGGUUGGUCAGCCAACAUGGAACGUAUCAUGAAGGCCCAAGCUCUACGUGACACAUCCACCAUGGGUUACAUGGCAGCAAAGAAACACCUCGAAAUAAACCCUGACCAUUCCAUUAUUGAAACUCUCCGACAGAAAGCGGAGGCCGACAAAAAUGACAAAGCUGUCAAAGACCUUGUCAUCCUGCUCUACGAGACUGCUCUUCUGUCAUCUGGCUUCACCUUGGACGAGCCUCAGGUCCACGCUUCACGUAUCUACCGUAUGAUCAAGCUUGGUCUUGGCAUUGAUGAAGACGAACCUAUUCAAGUGGAAGAGACUGGUGCUGGUGAAGUUCCACCAUUAGAGGGUGAUGCUGAUGAUGCGUCCCGCAUGGAGGAAGUAGAUUAA